AUGGAAGAGGCCAAAAGCCAAAGUUUUGAGGAAGACUUUGAAAGACAGGCCACACACACAGGACCCAAAGGAGUGAUAAAUGAUUGGAGAAAGUUUAAAUUGGAGAGUGAAGACAGUGAUUCAGUCCCACCUAGCAAGAAGGAGAUUCUCAGACAAAUGUCUUCUCCCCAGAGUAGAGAAGAGAAAGACUCAAAAGAAAGAUUCAGCAGAAAGAUGAGUGUUCAAGAAUAUGAACUCGUCCACAGAGACAAAGAAGAUGAAAACUGCCUUCGUAAAUACCGCAGGCAGUGUAUGCAGGAUAUGCACCAGAAGCUGAGUUUUGGGCCUAAAUAUGGGUUUGUGUAUGAGCUAGAAACUGGGGAGCAAUUCCUGGAAACCAUUGAAAAGGAGCAGAAAAUCAUCACAAUCAUUGUUCACAUUUAUGAAGAUGGUAUUAAGGGCUGUGAUGCUCUAAACAGUAGCUUAACAUGCCUUGCAGCCGAAUACCCUAUGGUCAAGUUCUGUAAAAUAAAGGCUUCUAAUACAGGCGCUGCGGACCGCUUUUCCUCAGAUGUACUUCCCACACUGCUUGUCUACAAAGGUGGGGAACUCAUAAGCAAUUUCAUUAGUGUUGCUGAACAGUUUGCCGAAGAAUUUUUUACUGGGGAUGUGGAAUCUUUCCUAAAUGAGUAUGGGUUAUUACCUGAAAGAGAGAUGCAAGUCCUAGAGCAGAGCAACAUGGAAGAAGAUAUGGAAUAAAGAUUCACUAUGUCAUUGUCUCAUAUUUCUCCUUUAAGCAUUGAACACUGAGUUUGGUAGUGUUUAUAUUCCUUUAGAGAACACCAAGUACAGCCAUGGCUAUUCUAUUUUGAGAAAAAAAAACCAGAUUGACACUAAAAUUAUAUGAUUAGCAUUUCUUAGUAUUAGUUACUUAAAUUGAUAUAAUGCUUUACUUCAAAACACUGUAGUCUUCAGUAAUAUGUUAGUAGACAAAGAGGUUAUGGAUAAUAUUG